AGAGAUACAUCCAUCAAUUGGAUAUCAUGAAAGGUUUAUUUUCUUGGACAUGGAAUACUGUACAAGCCUUGAACUGUUUCCACCCAUCUUCCGAAUGAAAAAGUUGGAGACUUUUCUAUUAAAUGGUUGCUCUCAAUUUUUCAAGUUCCCAGAGAUCCAAACUAGCAUGGACAACUUGGUAAAGUUUAGUUUGAGAGAAACUGGGAUAGAAAUUGUACCCUCAUCAAUUGGACAAUACUGUAACAACCUUGUUUCUCUUGAUUUGGGGUGGUGUAGAUGUCUACAGAGUAUUGAGGGCAACUUCCGUCUCUUAAAACGUCUGCAAUUGCUUUAUCUCGACGGUUGUGAUCAACUUAAUAACAUACCAACAGGAGGCCUCUUUGAUGGAGAAUGUUGUUUACAUGUGCUUUCAUUAUCUUACCGAGGCAGCAUGUCAAGCAUAAAGCUUUUUUGCUUUUCAAGUUCCUUAAGAAAGUUGAAUCUUAGAGAUUGCAAUUUGGUAGAUGGAGACAUCUCUUCUUUUUGCAAAGAGUUAUCCAACCUACAAGUAUUAGACCUAAGCAGUAAUAAGUUUUCAUGAUUGCAUUCCAGCCUCUCCCAACUUCCUCGUCUCAAAUUCCUCAACUUGUCAGAUUGCUGUGAGCUUUUAGAAUUACCGGAUCUCCCAUCAAGCCUAUCUAUUCUCAUAGCAGAGCUGUGUGACUGGCUUGAUGUUGUAGGAGAUUUUCAAACAAACCACCUUAAAUGGCUGUGGAAGGUCUCACUUUCAACCCACAGGAGGUGGGAUGAUUGUGAGAGAAUAGUACAAUCCAUGCUUCAGGGAAAUGCCAUUAAAGAUUACUUCAUCGAUAUCCAUCUUGGUAAUGAUUACAUUCCAAUAAGAGGCUUUGCACGGGGAACAUUUACAUUACAACUUCCGUGGAAUUGGUACAAUGAAUUUAGUGGAUUCUUAGUAUACGUUGAUAAAGGUUUCUGGGGGAGUAAGGAAGUAAUUAUUAUCAAGGAUGUAUUGGGUAUGGCAAAUGGAGAUGGUGUUUUAGAGGUGUCUAAUAAAACUGAGCAUGAUGAAGAGAGAACUAUGACAGCGAAGGGCAUUUGCUAUAUAUCCUUUGGUUCAUUGAGGAAGACCUCAUGGUGGAAUUCAACCCACACUACCCUUUCACUUUCUUUUCAAAGAAGACCCGUUGACUUAAAAGUUGAACUUGUCCCUAGGAGAAGUCACGGUGAUGAUGAUUCAAUAGAAAGGGCGAAAGAUGCUUCAAAUUUUUGGGAUGAGGAAUCUCCAAAUGAAAAGACGUUUGAGAUCAUACGUGAUUCAAAAUCCUCUAUUGAGAUUCAAUGGAGACGUUAUCAUCAUUCAAAGCAGUUCAGAUGAUGUUCUUUUCAUUGUCUGUGAUAUUUUUACAGAAAUGGUUGUAUUUUCUUCUUGUUUGUCAAGCCUUGUUAA